CACUGAAAAUUGUGGCUCGGGUCCGUUCUUCACGCUUAUGACCACUGCGCUGCAGCAUCAGGCGAUCAAAAUUCAGACUCUUGGGAACUGGCUCGUAUUUAUGACAGUUGCAGUUUCCUGGGGUCAUAUGAUCCCCUUUUGCGACCUUCUGACAAGCAAAGCCAGAUUCACUUAACAACCGUGUUGCUAAAUGAACCAGCGCAGUGAUUCGCUCAACAACUCUGGCAAGAAAGGUCGUGGAAUGGGGCAAAGCUCGCUUAAUAAUUGUCUCGCUCAGCAACAGAAAUUUUGGACUUCGUUGGCGUCAUUAGUCAGGGCCUUACCUGUACUCAGAACGCUCUCUUGAGUAACUGGAAGGAAAUAGGGGGUGUCUAGGCAUCAGAUACAAAGUAAAAUACAACACUGCGCCCCGGGAGUGAUUUCACUGUGAAUCUUUCUCUGAUUGUAUUUGUGAAGUUUUGCUCUGUUUUGCUCUGCAGCUGUGCCCUUGUUCCAGAGGCAGCCAUGAAUAUUUCAUUUUGUGGCAAUGACAACAUUUCUGCUUAUAACAUGAGCGAGGGAUUCGUCAGAAAUGUCUGUUUCCUGGAUGCCCUCAAUUUGGUGCCUCAUGUGUUCCUCUUGUUCAUCACUUUUCCUAUCUUGUUUAUUGGAUGGGGAAGCCAAAGCUCCAAAGUCCAGAUCCAUCACAACACAUGGCUACACUUCCCUGGGCACAACCUGCGAUGGAUUCUGACGUUCACUCUCCUUUUUGUCCAUGUGUGUGAAAUCGGCGAGGGCAUUGUUUCGGAUUCAAAAUUGCCGACCUGCCAUCUGCACCUCUUCCUGCCAGCUAUAAUGGGUUUUGUAGCAGCUACAACUUCCAUAGUCUAUUACCACAAUAUUGAGACAUCAAAUUUUCCAAAAUUACUUCUAGAGAAAAAAGUAGCUAACCAUCCAAACCGUACUCCUUCCAUCUGGUUAGCGAUGUAUCGGGCAUUUGGCCGCCCCAUUCUCCUUAGCAGCACCUUCCGCUAUUUAGCAGAUCUUCUGGGAUUUGCUGGACCGCUUUGCAUUUCUGGCAUCAUUGACAGUUUUCCCACCGAUCCGGGCAAUUCUACAAGCAACAAUGCCGCCAGUGUAAGUUAA